AUGAACAACUACUCUUUCCUGGAGUCCUCCCAGCAACAGGCCGCCCAACAACAGCAGCAGCACAAUCAAAACCGCCCACCACCUUCUCCUUCACACUCACAAGCGGGCAGCAUAGCAGGUUCGCAAGUCAACGGCGGCGGCCAGAACGGCAUUCCAAUGGUCAAUGGCUUGCCAAGUGGGGGCCAGCAGACGGACAUGAACCAUCUGUGGGCGGUGGUGCAGCAGUUGAGUCAAUUACUAGAGGAGAACAAGGCGCAAACGAGGGGCAUUGUGGAGGGUGUCGCUGCGAUACAGGGGAGGGCUGCACAAGAAGACGGAGGCGAAGUCGGCGGUGGACUUAAUCUGAGAGGUGGUGGAGGGGUGGCCAUGAGGGAGGUUAAUGGCGAGAUAAAUGGUAUGUUUAGUCUGCUUGGAGACAAUACAGACAACCACAUCCGACUGAUACCCGAUAAUCACACACUGACACUCCUCACAGCAGCAACGGUCGCGAAUCUGCAAUCACAGCUUACGGCCGCGCAAUCCACAAUCGCAUCCUUGACCUCCACGAACUCAUCGCUCUCAACCCUCCUUACCGACUACGAAUCUGCCUUGACUCUUCUCCUCGAUAAAUUACGUCCUUAUGCUUAUUCUCAAACCUCAGCCAUGCUCGCCCUUCACAAAUACUAUCAAAGCCUCCUUGACCAAGAGCGCUCAACAUCCAUGGGGCUGCGGCUCGAACAUGCAGACUGGCAAGCGGGGUUGAGUCGCGUGGCAGAGAACGCAAGGAACGCACUACGAUGCCAGAGUGAAAUCGAGCAAGGCUUAAGGGGUAGAUGCAAAGAGUUGGGCGAGGAGAAUAGGGUGUUAAGACGUAUGGUGGGGUGGGAAGAGAGGGAAAGCAGCGAUGAUGAGGCCGAGGACAAGGCAUAA